ACAGAGCUGCUUCAUAGGGGGAGGAGGACAAGCACUGCUUUUAUUUCUCUUUCCUGACAGCAACAGUGGAGCACAAAACAUACUUGAAUGUGGGUCAACUCUUAGUCUGAAGUGAAGGAACUGAAGAGAUUUUAAUUCGAUCAUUUCCCCCACUUGUAUAAAAAGGGAAGGGUUGUGCCAAGAAAAAACACGAUUAUAUUGAAUUUAAGUUACGCGUCAGUGAGCGUGCAACGUGAACUUUGAGAUGCGGGAUUACCUCACCUGUAUUGUUAUUCAUGUGUUAAACUUUAUUUCCUUUGUUGGUGGCAGAUCUUCAGUAUUCAUUGCAACCAUGGGUCGUGGCUAAAAACUUUAAAGCGUAUCAGAACCUCAGAAGGUAAGCCUAAACCAGCAUGGGGGCCAAACAGAGUACUUCGGUCUUUGACGGCAGAACUCGGGCUUAUUCCAGCUCUGAUCUGCCAUCUGGAAACGCCAGCGGACGGGAAAGGACUGCAGGGUUUAGGUACACAAAUGGACCCGAUGGCCCCCGGAUCCGGUACACGGGUGGAGGGCCAACCAGCUCCAGGCUUAAUAUACCGACCAGCAGCAUGUCAGGGUCACACGCUCUGAAUCAAAGUUUGGACGGAACGGAUGGUGACGAUGAGAACCAGUUGCCCCCUGAGGGCCACAGGCUGAUUAUUGGUUCCCUACCGGCUCAUUUGUCCCCUCACCUGCUAGGAGGCUUCCACUGUCCUGUUUGCUCCAGGUUUAUGGCAUCAGAUGAAAUAGAGAAGCACCUGCUUGUGUGUUUCAGCAAGACACGGCUUACCUACAACAAGGACAUCCUGUCCAGAGACUCUGGGGAAUGUGCCAUCUGUUUAGAAGAGCUGGAGGAGGGAGACACCAUCGCCAGGCUUCCCUGCCUCUGUAUCUACCAUAAAGGGUGUAUAGAUGAAUGGUUUGAGGUGAAUCGCUCAUGUCCGGAACAUCCCGCCGACUAGGAGCAGCAAGAGCUCAGCUUCAUUCAGCUAUACAUGACUGUGGUCAACUAUGUGCCCUGA